AUGUCCAGGGUUCAAAUCCUUGUCUUCUAAUCUUGUAUUGGGUUAUUGAGAUAUACAAUAACUCAACAAAUCUUGUUCAAGAUACAAAAUCGUGUGUGGACAGACAAGAUUGUAGCUUAAUCUGAUCCUGUCAGUUCCUAAUUUCUUCACAUUGGGUAAUAAUGAAUGAGUCGGCUAUGUCUUAAUAUUAUUGCUGCAGGUCAACAAAAUGACUUCUUGCAGUCCAAAAGUUCAAAUAUUGUCUUUUCAUAUUUUGAGAUGAAAUGUGCUACAAUAGUAACAAACACAAGAAAGGGCAAAUGUUCAACACUGGUCUAAAUGUACUAAUUAAGCAUUUCAUAUAACAUCAGCUUAUUACAAUGUUGCCAUAGACGUGGCAAAGUCAUUUCUCUCAGAUGUUUGUGGGGAAAAGGAAGUAGAUCAUGUCAUUCUCAUCCACGACAGCUCCGACAUAGAGAGCAGUAGCAAUGGUGCAUUUUUGUAGGCACUAAUUCAGCCAUGGUUCGUUGGACGAAGCUUGUGGGGAAAUUAGUGGAAUUUUUGCAGGGUUUUUGGAUAAACUGCAAAAAUUUGUUCUGCGGUAAUCACAGGUUUGGGAGAUCUUAUACGUUUUGUUCUAUGAGAUCAUCUUCAUCAGCUAAAGUCACUUUUUGUGAAUGUUUAAGUAUUUAUGUAAUUUCAAAAAGUACAGAGCACAUAAAGGCUUCAUAAUUCAUUAAGGUCAUGUUAAAUGACUGAUGUUAUCUCAUAGAAUAAAACAUUCAAGAUCUCCUAAGCCUGUGUUAACCUCUGACCUUAUUUUUGGCGUUUAUCCCAAAACCCUAUUCUUUCCCCAUCCAUUUUCCCCAUGGGAAUGGCUGAACGUAUGAGAGUUAACUCAUUUUCGGCUUUUAGUUGGCGAGCUCUAUUAUCAUCCCUAUGAAUUAAUGUUGAUGGUUAAGAGGCAGCUCCCCAGAAAACUGCAGAUGACUUUGACCUCCAUCUGACAAGGCAAGUACGCAGGACAAGCCUUUUCCACAAUGAUGAGAGCUCAAAUAUUCUUUAUUAGAUGGCAGGACAGUAACAGCAAUUUUGUUGACAUUUGAAACAAAAAUAUGAACCAUUUAAUAAUAUUUCAUUCAUUUUAAUGACAGAAGUGGAGCUGUCUCUCCGUCAGGGUUUUGACUAGGUGGUAUACAGGAUGUUUUUUGUAGCAGGUUAGGAGAAUUAGGCUAUUUUGGUGGGAAAUAUUAUAAACCCUCAAUUAAACUAAAUGAUAUAUUGCAAUUACUAAAUACAAAGAGAAUAAUAUUUUGUGGUAUGCAUCUUUCUUUUUUAAAAGGAGGACCUUUAUUCUGAAGGAUUGUUUUUAAACAUCACCCGGAAGUACAGUACUUCGUCGAGGUCAAUGAUUUGUUUGUUGUUCGUCAAAGCACAGAUAGAUGAGUAGAACAUCUUUGGUAAAAGUAAUGGGAUGUGCAAAUCUAUAGAAAACUGGUUUAGUUUGCUAGCUAACUAAUAUAGUAUUAGCUAGCUUGCAUAAAGAUAUCAACCUUUUUAGCUACGUUGUAAACCCUCAGUGUAUAUUCUAGGCUUGGUCACUCCUAACAUUAGCAUCAAACUCUUUAGGUAGCUAACAGUAGCUUGUUUCAGUGGCUUCUUUUUCUUUGCAAACUAGCUAUGGAUAUCAUUAUUGAUCCAGCAUCAGAACAAGAUCUCCCCCUGUUCUCCCUGCGUCUCCUGGUUCCACCUCUACGACUGAUGUCAGCUUUCAUGUGGCAAGUGGCUCAAGAGCGUAAUGUGAUGCAGUAUGGGAAGCUGGAGGAGUUUGUGACUUUGGUGACAGAGAUGGUUCCAGAGCUGCUGAACUCCAGGCAGAGGACACAACUCAUCCUGGGACUGAGAGCAAGGAUGGUUUUAGAGUUGUGUUGCAGUGCGGGCAGAGUUGACCUCCUGACCAUCCAGGCCCACCUGGACAUAAUCCACACGUUGACAGAAAAAUCCUUACACAAAGAGAGUCAUGGUGAUGAAUUGGAGGCUUCCGAUUCUAACUUUGUGGAGCUAGUCCAAACACUGCUGGGAGACCCUUCUGAGAGGGAGCAUUUCUUCCAGGAGGUGUUCCCAGUCCACUAUGGCCCUCGGUAUGACACAGCGCUGCAGACACUGGUGUGGGAGUUCCUCUCCAGACUGGAGGAGCUGCUGCCUGUACCAGACCUCACGCAGACAACAGCAUGGCUCAGUGCUGCCCCCUCUGUCCUGGAGGAAUGUGGAAAGACUGUCUUUGACCCUGAACAACUGAAGACAGUGCUGCAGCACCAUCAGCGUCGUGGAAACCUGAACAAGAGUCAUGUCCCUAAAUACACUGCAGAUACCAUCCUGUCCACACUGUCCAUCCCUCCAAAAAUGGGAGUUGUUAUUAACUACGAGCCAGACAACUCUGACAAUGUGAGGCCAUACUCAGAUGACAAUGAAUGCAUAGAUAAGGGGGUAGAGGUCAGUGAAUAUGAAGACCACAAUGAAAUCCUGGAUGAAGACACUGAUAGAUGUUUGGAGGAUCUAGGGCUGUCUACAUCAGAGGAACAGGAGGGUCUGUCACCUGCAGAGACCUCAGUGUUGGUUACUCCAGUACCCUGUGAUGAAUUGGACUUGGAUCAUUCUCUCAACGUAAUGGUGAAUGCUGAUGAGCCAUCCCAGGUUCUUACCUGCACUCUGCCUCCAUUCGCUCACAGUGAAAUGGCCAACCUCUGCAAGGACCGACCAAGUAGAAAAGGACAGAAAGCAGGUUGACAAGAAAGAAGAGGUGGUCAGAAAGGGGGACAAAAAGAGGGUGAUCAAACCGGUUGACAAGAAAAAAAAGGUGGUCAGAAAGGGAGACAGAAAGAGGGUGAUCAAACUUGUUGACAAGAAAAAACAUGUGGUCAAAAAGAGGUUGAUCAAACCGGUUGACACGAAAAAAGAGGGAUCCCCUGCACCCCAGAACAGGACUCAUACAUGUGAGUGUGGGAAGGUUUUCAAAAAACCAUCACUGUUGACGCUACAUAUGGGAGUUCACACGAUGCCAUAUCAUUGUGACCAGUGUCCCAAACGAUAUGCUACUCCUGGGGCACUGAAAAAACACCAGCUACUUCACACAGAAGAAAGACCAUUCGCAUGUGAACACUGUGACCGGAAGUACAGGAGUGCUUAUGAUCUCAAAGUGCACGUACGCAUUCACUCUGGGGAGCGCCGUCACAUGUGUACUGUCUGUGGUAAGAGGUUUACCCAGCAGUGUGCACUAGUGAGACACACGCGAAUGCAUGCUGGGGAGAAGAAUUAUUUAUGUAGCAUAUGUGGUAAGGCAUUCCUUACCUCAGGAGAACUGCGGUUGCAUACACGAACGCACACAGGAGAAAACCCCCACACCUGUAAACAUUGUGGAAAGGGUUUCAAAGUAUCUUGCCAUCUUAUGGUUCAUCUGCGAUCUCACACAGGCGAGCGUCCUUACGCCUGCACCCAAUGCCCCAAAUCUUUCACAACCUCAGACUCUCUUAGAACGCACAUAUAUACACACACUGGGGAGAAACCUCACCGGUGCUCAGAGUGUGGGAAAACAUUUACUCAAAGGGGUAAUAUGGUAAAUCAUAUGAGAAGAGUUCAUCGACCGGUUAAGAUUCUCCAAAAGUACUCGCAACACAGACAAAGUCUCGUAAAAAAAAUAACUAUGUAGGAGUUAACUCCAAUGUAAAUACUAGCAGUAUACACGUGAUUUUACAUGUCCUCUUUUGUAUAUCAGAUUAUCAUACCAAAACAUGUUUUUCAAUAAACUUCUUCUGAUUUUUCAUGUC